AUGGCGGAUAACCAAACGGUGUCUUCAUUGUCACAGCCAACACCGCCACCUUCUAGUGAAAACCUUCAACAUUCGAUCCUGAAUAGCAAGUACUUAUGGGUAACUCUUGUUGUUUGUAGCAUCAUCGUAUUUGUUGCCCUCGUGUUAUGUUUAUGUAAUAAAAAGAAGGUUUUAGCAGGAUUCAAGCGAUACAUUGAGAAUAAGAAUGAUAAGAUGGAUGCUAAUGAACUAAUGCUAAGGAAAUUUCAAGUGGAAGAGCUUGAAAUAGCUACAAACAAUUUUGCCAAAGAGUAUCUGAUUGGAUCUGGUGCAUUUGGAAACGUCUAUAAAGGAACGUUUGAAGGAAACAUAACCCUAGCCAUAAAGAGGGCGCGUGAUGAUUCCUAUACAAGCAAACAUGAAUUCCGAAAUGGAACUAAGGGAGUACAAAUAUUGGUUUAUGAAUACGUCCCAAAUGGCUCGCUGCUUGAACAUAUAGCAGGCAGGGAAAGAGUACCCUUAACAUGGAGGCAAAGAGUAAACAUAGCCAUCCAAGCUGCUAAAGGCAUAGCUCAUUUGCACGAAGGGAUUAAACCGAGCAUUAUCCACAGAGACAUAAAACCGAGCAAUAUUCUCAUUGGAGAGGGGUUUGAGGCUAAAGUAUCAGAUUUCGGGCUAGUAAGAUCUGGACCAGUUGGAGACAACUCAUAUGUUAGUAGCCAGAUUAAAGGCACGCCGGGUUACCUUGACCCGGCAUACUGUACUAGCUUCCACUUGAGCCCAUUUAGUGAUGUUUAUAGCUUUGGAGUUAUUCUCUUACAACUCAUUGCGGCUCGGCCUGCUGUUGACUCAAAUCGGAGUCGCUCUGGCUAUCACAUUAUAGAAUGGGCAAGGCCUCAUCUUGAGAGAGGCAAUGUUGAAGAAAUAUUGGAUACAAAUCUUUUAAUGGAACCAUGCAACAUGGAUAUCAUGCUUAAAAUGGGUCUAUUGGGCCUAAGAUGUGUGGUAAAAGAGCCCAAAGAAAGGCCAACCAUGACUCAAGUAUACAAAGAGUUAGAGGCAGCUCUCUGGUCAGCCAAUAGCUUCGUCCGACGCCAACUGCAGCCACGGCCUCUAGCAGCACGUACCACCGAUAGGUCAUCUGAAAUCCGUGAUCAUCUUGCAUCCGAUCAUGAUAGUUCGGUAAGCCUAGAUGGAGUUAGGCUUCAAAGAUUUCAUGUAGACAUGGAAAGUGUAUCAUUUCAAAGCACAAGCUUGAGAUGUUUAGAAGCUGAUACUUUGGUUUUUCAUGUUGAUGAUGAGGGAAAAGUCGUUGACGAAGAGAUGAGCCUUUGUAUGUACGAUGACUUAAGUAUCCCUCGCGAUUGA